AUGGCAAGCCACGACAACAAGGCAGCGGACUUGGAGGAACGCGUGUCGUACGUCCACUCGGUCUCGACCAAAGACGUUGACGGGUACGCCGAAGCGAAAUCUCCCAAGGACCUGGAAGAGGGGGCGUUGACCGAAGGGGGGGCGCUGGACUUGUUUUCCCACGAAGCGUUUGCCCUGUUCAUGCAGUACGGCGCCAUCGGAGUCAUCAACAGCAUGAUCCCGGCGCUCCGUUAUCCCAUCUUCAACAUCUACCUCAACUUGGAGGGGUACCAAACGUCGUCGUACAGGGCGUUGAUGUUUGUCGGGUGGUCGUUCAAGGUCUUCUUUGGCAUGUUGUCGGAUUGCAUCCCCAUCUAUGGCUACCGUCGCAAGUCGUGGAUUUUGAUCGGGUGGACCAUCGCGAUGAUCUGUCUGAUUGUGUUGACGUUUUCGCCGUUCGGCGAGCCGUUUUGCAACCGCGAAAAGACCAAGUAUUGCGCUACGCCGUUGGAAAAGGUGCCCAAGUCCGAGCUUCAGUACUUCAACUUAUCCGCCCCCGACAACGGCACGCUGUACAUUCUUCUGUCUAUGUUUACGGCGUUUGGGUAUCUCUUGUCUGCGAGUGCGUCGGACGCGAUGGUGGUCGAGUAUGCCCAGCGAGAACCCGUGGCCAUCCGCGGCCGCACCCAGACCGCCAUCUACACCGUGCGCACGCUCACAGGAAUCCUCGCGUACUUGGUGACUGCGUUCGGGCUGAACGGCCCCAACUACGCCGGAUCGUUUUCGUUUACGUUGUCGCCGAAUGCUCCGUAUGGCAUUUCCUUGGUGCCGUGUGUAUUGGUGGUGCUCUCGACGGUUUUCCUCCUCGUGGAGAAGAAGACUGAGCCUUCUUCCUUCGCCCAAUGGUGGGGAACGUUUUGGGAAUCUCUCCAGAGUCGCGUGAUGUGGCAAAUCUGUUUGUUCCGAUUCGUGAGCAACGUGUUCAGCGGCAUCAGCACCACUGCGGGGUACCCCGUCGCGACGUACUGGGCGGGGGUCGAACCUCUCAACGAUUCGCUCUCGAGCGUCAUUGGCAGGUUCCUGUCUUCUAGCAUCUUGGUGGUUGUGGGCAAAUGGGGACUUAACUGGAACUGGCGGUGGAGCAUCGGCGCCGGCACCAUCGGGAUCAUCGUCAUCGACGGCUUUGUCACAUUCAUCACCAUCUGGGAUGUCGUGCGCAACCAGUGGUUCUUCACGGGCGUGGCUUUGGCUGAGGAGAUCCCCGGCAGCAUCCGAUUCAUCGUGUCCACGUACGUCGCCGUGGAAAUCGCCGACAAGGGCAACGAAGGCGCCACUUACGGCCUCUUGUCCACUGUGAGCAACCUCGCUCAGCCGUUUGCCAGCAUGAUUUACAAGUACAUCAACUCGUACUUCAAAGUACGUCAGAACGACGUCAAGUCCGACACGCUCGAGGUGCGGUGGGACGUUACGUACGUGUACUUAAUUUCGUACGGGUGCAACGUGGCGUCGUUGUUUUGGUUGGUUUUGCUGCCUCCUCAAAAGGCAGAAGUCCAGGCGUUGAAGGCGCGCGGUGGCAAGAGUAAAGUGGCUGGAUUGAUCCUCGUGGUCACGUUUGUCACGUGCCUGACGUUCGCCGUGUCCAGCAACAUUAUGUCCAUCUUCCCCUCCACCAAGUGCUACCGCGUCGCAGGGGGCAACGGAGUGUUGGACCCCAAGACGGGGAAGUGUCCCCUCAAGUAG